UUAACACGAUCUUCAAAAUUCUGGGGGGCGGGGCCCCCCGAGUCCCAACGUAGCUCCGCCCCUGCCUACAUGAAACUGAGGUUCUUAAGAAGGCGACGAGGCUUUAUGCAGCGAGCUGGGUGAGGGAUAUAGGCCCUGACCUUCGACCGAAUGAUUACAAGAAGCGAGAGGAUGGAACAAAGAGCGCUACGUCAGGAGAGAAGGAGCCAUCAGUGCUUGAAGAUCUUGCGGUGGCUGCAAGGGGAGGCGCCGAGACCUUGAAGCCAUCCUUGCAGCGGUUAUACGUGACAAGAGCUUCAGCAUACCGAGAUGCUCUGAAAAGUUUCAUAGAAGGGUAUCAGGAAGGUGUCCAGCAGGUUUCACCCGAGAGAGAGCCCUUCAUUACUUAACCUGAAUUUAAGGAGCAGUUUGUUGAUCUUCUUGUUUCCUUGUUGAUAUGGUUUCUCACAAAACACUGAUAUGGUACGGCGGACCUGGUGGUGAACUUGAGGUUGACAAAUGGCACUAAGAAAAGGGCUUCUCAAGAGGGGGAAAAAGUCGAGUGCUGAGGGAAGGAAAAGGAUUGAUUACUCUCAUGCCAAUACUGCCUCUUUGCAAAUAAUAGCAACACACUUUCCUUUGUUAUCUGCGGACCCUCCGUCCCCACUUGGUUUAGAGAGCACUAAAAGGCAUUGGAGAACCAAGGUCAAUGGGCAUAUCUCUUGUUCCUGAAAAUCUUUAUGGGCCCUUUUGCAAAUCAACUGAACGCUAUUUUCUUUCCAGUCAUGAACUCAGAAUGGAGCAACCUGACGAGUGAAAAAAUAACUUACCGACACAAAAAGAAAGAAAAGGACGUUUCCUGCAAAAGCUCCUCCAUCCAUUUUCAGUUGCUGUGUAUUCAGGCCAUGUCCCUUGCUUGAUUGCUUGCUAGUGGGGGGUAACAGAUAUGCAUCAAUGGGGAGGGGGUAAUGUCCGCAUGUUAGAUCAAUCGUAGUCGCAAUAAUGGGGAAAGAGCUUGUUGGGCUGGGAAGCAGUGGGAAGAAAAGAAACUAUACAUAGUUACAUACUUAUUACCCUUUUUAGUUUUUCCCCCAGCUUUUUACCUCGUCUUUUGUCCUCCUUUUUUUUAACUGUAGCCAGCAUGCUGAGAAUAACCCAAUAUUUGUUUAGGUAAAUCCAAGAGUAGGAGGGCUGGUACAUGCGUAUCUUGGUUUGGUC